UGCAAACGACAAAUAUAUCACAACUUCGGGUGGUGAAAACGUACUGAGCCAUCAUUUUCUACUAUAUUGCGCUAGAUACUGGGGUCAGCAUAUGGGAAUGGUGGAAUUUACUCCCGAGAAAGGAAAAGACGUGGAGGAUUUCGUCAGAUCGCCGAAUUUUAUAACCUGUAUCCAGAUACAGAGCUUCUUUUUCACAGGAUACUUAUAUACCUGGUUUCGAGUCGUUCGGCAGGCUUUUCCGGAAUGGUUCGACGAACAAUUAUAUAUGCAAUAUUGCUCUGCCAUCACGGAAUGGGGGUAUUUAUUGACAUAUCACGCGCAUGCCACGGGCCGCUUCCCUGGACAGAUUGACCAAUGCCUCUGGGGGGCUUUGGGAACGUCAAAUUUCAUGCACGGAUUCCCUAGUAAAUUCAAGAGUUAUGCCCUUGAAAUGGCCGGCUCAGGGUGUGCUAACAGGGACGUUUUACUCUAUGAUAAGCUCAUAUUUCCGUCGAUGGAGAUACUAGUUUUGUGACUAAGAAGCCAACCACCAGAUAUCCGAGGAUUUCACGUCACAUGCGAAGAGUGGUCCCUCAACAAAAACCAUCGGCCAAAACUGAAAAGAAAUCAAAAUCUGCUCGUAUCAUCUAGCGAAAUUGAAUUAUAUCGACAGCAACUAACCGAAAAUAGCACACUUCACGCUCCGUUUAUUACGAUAUCAGAUGAUGGCAAACUUCUUCGACUCGGUUCCUCGCUUUAUUUACGCGAUGAACGCGGCAAUUUCCAACCAA